AUGGCUGAAAGUCGGAAUGAGAGUCCUUAUGACAAUGUUCCAACCAGUGGCAGGUUUACUAUACGUUCACUGAUCAGCACAGAAGAGACUGUCAAAUCUCCAUAUGGACCACCAGAAAACGGCAAUGACACCAUUAAUCUUAAUAAUCUCACCCAGGGAAGCACCUUAUACAUGAGGACAUUUGGGUACAAUACAGUGGAUGCUGUGCCAAAUUAUGACCAUUAUGCCAAUACUGAAUUUCCUGGGAAAAUCAAGAAAGUCAGACCCACGCUUGAAGAUCUUCACUCUAUUCUAAAGGUUAGUAACCAGUAAAACCAUGCUAUCUGAUAGCAGGUACCUUCCAUAGUUCUGUUUAAUGAAGAACUGCAUGCAUACAUUGGACAUGAAAUUCAAGAUGUAGAUGUAGAAAUGUAGGUUCACAUCAAGAUGCUGGAAUGCUGUAGUGGAUGUGUAUAUGAAUGCAUGAUAACCUAUAAUGAAGUACAUUCCAGCAAGAUAUACUAUACGGGGAUUCUGUAUAAUUCACUUUGUGGAAAACAGUUUGGGCAUUCGAUUUGUCAUUGUUGUAAACCAUGCACAAUCCAUUGCAAUAACAUUAGGUUUUCAAAUUGCUUUAACGUGGAAUACAUGUGAUUUUAUCCAUACAACAAAUGUAUCAGGUUCUCAUAUGUUGCUUAUUUAUUAAUCAAUGCUAAGAGCCCACCUUGAAUAUAUAUAGUUUUAACUAGAAAUAAUUCACAGGCAAAAUACAAAAUUAAUAAGUGGAAUGGAAAACUGUAGUCAUGAAGAAACACUUGGAAAAACUGCGUUUGUCUUUUUUUGGGGGGUGGGGUGAGAAGAGGCAUCCCAGAGGGGUUAUGAUAGUGCUAUACAAAUAUAUACAUGGUCAGAACAAACCAUUAGGUGCUAAUCUGUUCAUUAGCAGGAAUAUACAACCGGAAAGCGGGAACCCGUUGAAACUGGAAGAAAGGAGUGUUUUUAUAGUAAGAACAAUAAAGAGGUGCAAUUCUUAGUCCAAAGAGGUUGUCUUAAAGUUGUUGUUUUUUGUUUUCCCAAACCAAAAUAUUCAACAAAGAUAUAACAUGUAGGAAGAGAAAUCUUACUGUCUUUAUGGAGUCAAAAAGUAUUUAUUUUUUCCUUUCUGAGGUAUAAUUGGCUAAUUGGCCAUUGCUUCAAGUUGGCGUUUGUGGGUUUUUUUCUUUUCAUCUUAAUGGACUUAAGUCUCUUUCCAACCUAAAUGAUUAUGUAUCUAAUCAGGGCUACAAAAUUUCCACUUGUUAUUGGCGAGUGAAAAUAACUCUGGUGGAUGGAAAUUCACUCCUGGUGAUAUGCCGUGGAUCCUCCAGGCUUGCAGAGGCGAGUACAUUUACGGCCUGGCUAGUAGUGUUGGACUUAAAAUCCUAAAGGAACACUAUAGUGCUUGGAAUACAAACCUAACGCUAUACUGCCUUACUAACUGUUUAGGUUACUGCCCCUCCUGUGUGGGCAAUGAAAUAAUAGUUUUACUAACCUUUUUUCUUCUCUAUCUUGAUGAUCUCAGCCAAUCCAAUACUUCCCCAUUGGGAAGCAUUUAAUGACUAGUGUUCUAACUCCACAUAUUGCACCAAAGGGUUGCUAAGCUACCUUUAUUUACUAUUUAUUAUAGGCGCAGUUAUCCCACUUUUUGUUUUUUUGUUCUCUUCUAUUUUGUAUUAAGGUUUGUAGUAAGUUACUUGGGUUACUGCAGCCUGUUUCUUUUUAUUAUAGUAAGCACCUUACCUCCGUUUGUCUUCACGUAUCAUUAGACGCGCUUGUGCACUAAGACUAUGCAGGGAGCGCUUCACUAACACUGCCUGUUAGGCCCUUUUUUUGGGAUGUGGCCAUCCCCUUUCCAGGCAGGCCAACCCAUUAUGAGCAUUGCUAAUGACCUAGUUUGAAUCACUGGCGACACUCCCACAGGACUCCACCCACAUACACCCCGAUUUCCAGAGGAGCAAUAUUGAACAUGGGUUAUGGGGAUUAUAAUGUCUUUGUAUUCUAUUGAAAAUCUUGAUUAAGUUGUAUAAAAAUUAUACCAAUUGCAGUUUUUUAAAACUUAUUUUAACCCAGACAAGUAAAAAAGAAAGCAAAUUAAAAUAUGAUUAGUGUUAAUAUUCAGUUAUUGUAGGAAAACCUUUACCUAACUGUAUGCAGGAGGAUUAUAACCAUGGCUUCUUGCAGUGUUGGCACUUCUAUUGUUUAAUUAAAGGGACACUUUAGUCACCAGAACAACAACUUAAUGUGUUCAGCGUCUUCACGUUCUGCAUGGAGUCUCUGAACGUUGCCAUAGAGAUGCAUUAAUUCAAUGAGGAGAUGCUAACAGGCUUAGCGUGUAAUUUUGCCGCGCAUGUGCAUUAACAUCUCCAUGCUUUCUUAUGGGAAUGGCUAAUAUCCUCAAAUUUGAUGAUCUCAGCCACGGAGACGAGAUGUGACCAACGCUGCAAAACUGGAAUGGGAGAAAAGGUGAGUAAAAUACCUUUUUACUGAGCUAGGAGGGGGUCUGUGGACCUAUAUAGUUAUCUUACCACAAUGGUGUCAGCAAUACAUGUGUGUUCUGACAGUAUAGUGUUCUUUUAAAGCUUUCAUGGGCAUACAGGUUUUCAUUUUGAUGGACCUUAAUUUCUCUACACUAGCCUACUCCAUUUGUUUACUGGUCUUUCUCGUAUAACCCACCACCCCUGCCCACCCUUGUUUUCUAUUCUUUCCCUUUUGACCUUCCACCUUUAUCUUCUGAUAACUCCUACUGCUCCAUGUUAACAUCAUUUCAUCUCGAUCAUUAAGCUGUAGUGGUUCUGGUAACUAUAGUAUCCCUUUAAGCUGUAGUGCUUCUGGUAACUAUAGUAUCCCUUUAAUUGAUGCUCUGAGUGUUCCAUUAAUUUGCAUAGAAGGAAUUCUGUGCCAAGUAGGAUAGGUUAGUAAUAAAACAUGAUGUCUGCAAGAUUUCUUACCUCAAGCAGGAGCUUACCUUGUUUUACCUCACUGGCUUUUUAUUGUUUUACUGGGCAUCAUUAGAUGUUAGUGACCUUAUUUGUUGUGAUUGCACAUAUAUUGCUGACUGAGGCAAGAAGGUGCAGAUGGCAUCGGAUAUCCGGGAUUGAAGGCUGGUAAAUUUCAGAGACUUACACGCUCCUUUGAAAUAACUGCACUUGCUGCACAGUUGUCCUUACUUAAUUUUAAAGGGUCACUCCAAGCACCAUAACUAUCUAUGCUCUUCCGUUUCAUUAUGGUCGGUUGGCCCAAGACAACAUGCUGCCAGUGUUCAAGACAGAGCUAUCCCUCUAUCUCCUACGGACAAAGCCAUGCAGUGCCCCUCUUCCCAUAUUUUCUCCUUCUGUCCCUUUCACCAGAUCAUCCACUAGUGCCUCUCCAUAUUUUCCACACUAGUGUCCAUCUGUUCCUCUCUGCAUAUCCCACCAUAGUAUCCCUCUCCUAAAAUCACACUGUGCUUAUAUCUGCAUUCCUUAACUUGUGGACAUCUCCCCCUUAUAUUAUCAUUCCCGGCACUUAUUCCCUUUCCUUUGAUUCCUUUUUCACUUAAUUCAGAAUUGUAAUAAAUUGAAAUUUGAAAUUCUAAAAUUAAAGCGAACGUCAGACUGUGCCAGUAGCUGACCAUUUCUCCAAAUUACCUUUAUGUACCAGUUCACUCCCCAUACACCCCUUCACCCACUUGUCUGUCGCUCUCUUUCAAUAUUUACUCUUCUGUGUCUAUCCCUUUUUCUUUGCACUCACCGCUUUUGUCGCUUUCCCCCUUGUCUAACCUGGUCUAUGGUGGUGUACCCGAGAGGCGUAGGAGUCUGAGUCAUUGUGGGAAUGAGCAUGUUCUGACAAGACUGUUGGUGUGUGGCUGUUGGUGUUCUGAGAAGUAGACGGGGGAUACUAGCUUUCAGGACUGACUUCCCGUCGCACACUAAGUAAAAUAUAAAAUGUGACUCCUGGUGGUGUCCUGGAGUACUGCAUUUUGCUGCCCUACCCAGGGCAAACUAUCCCAUGGUGUUAAUACCCACUGGGAAGGGUGACUGCUCUUCUAGGUGCUGCCUGCUCUAGAUUUUAGUGGACCUCUCCUCGUGCUGUUUCAACGAACACUGUAGUGGCAGGAACACAAAAGUAUUUCUGACACUAUAGUGUUAAAAUAACUAUUUAUGUGCAGUAAAAAGGUGUUUAAACUCCCCCUUUUUUUUUUUUCACACCGUACCGGUGUUGCCGCGGCUGGCCCCACUUGGCUCAGCCUCCAAGGCUGAAAUGAUCAACCUUGACGAUCUCGGCUAAUCCAAUGCUUUCCCACAGGGAAGCAUUGGGAGGCUAAUAAGUAUGUGUGAUAAAAUACUGUGCUGGCCAAUCAGCAUCUCCUCAUAGAGAUGAAUUGAAUCAAUGCAUCUCUAUGAGGAAAGUUCAGUGUCUGCAUGCAGAGGGAGGAGACACUGAACAUCAGUACUGCACGUUGUUCUUUCUUCUGCUCUUGCUCCAUUCGUCAUUUCUCUUUUUCCCUACAAUGCCCAGUUAAUAAAACAUCCACCUGCGUAUGAGCUCAUUUAAAAUUGGUAAAGAAAGUAACCAUGUCUUGCCAUUGUUUAUGUCUAUGCAGUUAAUAUUUUUGUAACGCCACCAUGUAUACAUUUCACAAUAAAAAGACACUUUAAAAAAUAUAACUUUAUUUAUUUUCAUUGUCUUCUCUUUUUAUAGCAUGAAUCAAGCUGCAAUCUUCAGCCUCCUGAAUAUGAGGCGAAUUUGGAUACCCCAGAGGGGGAGGCGGAUACUGUGGGGGAGAAACCAAUCGAAGAACCUGUUCGGUUUGGUUGGGUUAAAGGGGUGAUGGUGAGCCAAAUGUAAUAAUAAUAAACAAUAAUGAUGAAAAACUUAAAUAACAAACAACUGAGUGAUACAUUUUGUUGUUCGAUUAAUAAUACUGUAUAAGGAGAUUUUCUAGGUGACAAAAAACAGUUUCAGCUCAAGUUUUAUGACCCCCUCCUCACAUAUCUUGACUUAAAGUGUCCCUGUUCCCAAAAAUUUAUUUUGAGUAUUUCAUAAAGAUACAAAUUUUAUGAAACGUUCAUUUUGACUACUUUGGAAUUUCAUUGAAAUAGGGACUAGGUGUCUUAUGGUAAUUGCCAGUUAGAGUUGAUAAAAGACAGAGGUUUCACUGUAAACAUUUGUCAGUUGCCACGGCCAUCAGUAGUGAGGAUUGUGGGAAUCCACCAUUGUUUCACUCAUAGCAAGACUUGAUCUAUGAAGGCUCCUGCAUUCUCAUGGAAUUCUCCAGAUCUGUUAUAUACUAUUGCGGGAGUUCAGCACUGGCGUGGCUCCUGGCAUAUGAAACACCAGGAACUAUAUUUAUAAACUCCACACAUGCGCUCUUAACGCCAUUCCAUGCUGUAUUAAUCCUGUAUUAACAGCAUUCACCCUAAAUUUGCAGCUUUAAACCAACACCCACUGCAGUUCCCCCACACUGUGUUGUAUAAAUAACUCCAAAUAUGGUUAUUAAAGUGGCAGUGUCACAGAUUAUAGAAUUGGAGAUGUUAUACCUCCAAAAAUAUUACAGGAGAACGCCAAACUGAGACGCGGGAAUGUAGUCUGGGCUCCAGCCCGAGUCCGCUCCACCAAGCAACGCUCCUGUCCAAGGGUUUAAUUUGUACACAUUCAUGGUAAACCCAUUUUGUCCAUUGCUAGGCUCAUAUAAUGUCUGUUACUCAUUCAAAUAUCAAGCUAUAUUACAUAUAUCGCUAUAUAUUUUUUAAUCUUUAUUUCAUGUAAGUGUAGUACUGCCGUCUGUGUUUGCUAUAGCGUUCUAGGCUUGGGUCACAUUUAAGAAUGUUACAGAAACUCUCUCUAAUAACUCAGACUCCCUUAUAAGCAGGGACAUUGUAACCCCGAGAAAUUGUGUGGAUAAUUUUCUUCCAGAUACGCUGCAUGCUGAAUAUCUGGGGAGUCAUUCUGUAUCUCCGUCUGCCAUGGAUAACAGCCCAGGCAGGGAUAGGUCAGUACAAUUACCCGUACAGAAUUCUGUAUUUGGAGAUGCAAGUUUUCACUAUACAUGUUGGGAAUUGUACCUAACUUUUUCACAAAAUGAGACUCCUGUUUGGUUAUAUGUUUGGCUGUAUGUAUUAAAAAACUGUGUUCUGAUCCAGCUUAACUCUCUACCAGAAUAUCGUGUGUAUGUCAACAGGUAUAUAAAAUGUGUGAGGCAUUGCAUGUCUAUUUGAGUGCAUGCUUUUCUUCAUAUAUGUAAAUAUUUAUGGUUGUGUGCAUGAAUGUAUAUGUGUCUGUGUGGGGUGACGUAUCUAUAUAUGUAGUCUAUGUGUGCAUAUUAUGUGCAUAUUAGUGUUAAUGUGCAGUGUCAAAUAACCAUAUUACACCUCCUUCUACUUACAGCUCUUACAUGGCUCAUUAUCGCCAUGUCUGUGACGGUAACCUCCAUUACAGGACUCUCUAUCUCAGCCAUAUCUACCAAUGGGAAAGUCAAGUCAGGUAAGGUAUGCCUUUCUAGAGCUCUGCCUAAUUCCCAGGUUACUCCACGUUAAAAUCUUGCAUUCUGCUUUAAAAAAAAAAGUUUGCAUCAUAAACCCACCCCCACAGCCACUCCUCUUCUUUUCACAAAAUGUCUUCCUUAUUAGAAGUACUCAAGGUACACACUCCACUCAGCCAAUGAGAGAUCAGUGUGAGCUAAACGCCUAGUAUUACUCUGCCCAGAACAGCCAAGCACAUUUCUCGUAUUACCUGCCCCUUUUUUACUUAGCGAAGCUUUGAAAUGCUGUUCACAUGAUAGAAGUGAUUGUCUGUGGGCAGGAGUGAAGUCAGCAGCUCAGCUCACACUGAUCUCUGACAUCUGGUUGAGCUAGAGUGAGUUCUCAGAAAUAUAUAUAUAUCCUCCUGUUGUUUUAUAAUUAGUUUAGACAUCAGAGCAUACAUUAAUGUUGCACCAUAGCGGAACAUCGUGAUAUACAUUGCUGAUAAUGGCCUUGAUUUAGCAAGUUUCCAAAUAAUUCAUACCUUUCGAAAAACUCUCCAAAUGAUUUAUCUACAAAAAACGACUUGUGCAGAUAAAUCUGUUGGAGAGUUUCCUAACCGUAUUGAAUCAUUUGGAAAGCUUAUUAAAUGGAUGCCAAUAUUUGUUACAUAACCCUAAAAAGUUUGCAUUGAUUCACAUGGUUUGCAUUUAACUAAAUGUGUUGUUAGUUCCCUGGAACCUGCACCUGAAGGAUCAAUAUAGCUUUAAAAAUCCAAAUGUGUAAUUCUAACACUAUAGUGCCCUGGUAUCCAUUAGUCUUUGGCCCCCAGCUGUAGGGAGCAAAUAAAAGUAGUUUACUUGCCUUUUCAUCCCUCUGCGAUGCCGUCCCACCUCUUUGGCUGAUAUCAUCGAGAUUGAUAAUCUCAUCCAAUGCAAUGCUUUUCCUAUACGAAAGCAUUGGGAGGCUAGUCCACAUGUGCAUCAAAACACAGCGCUGCACCAAUCACAUGUUCUCUCUCAUCUCGUCGGAGGUACCUGUAGUGGAUGCCUGAGUGAUUUCGUUUAACACAUUUAGUUAAAUACAAAUGUUUUCCCUUGCACGGUUAAAACGGAGGGGGCAUGGCUCCCAUACCACAUCAUUGAGAUGACAUGGUCUAGGUUCCUAUGGUGUCCCUUUAACAAAAUGUUACUCCUGCCCCAUUUAUAAUAACUUGCCACGGUGCGUGCCCACUUUUUUUUUUACUAUUUGUUCUACAUUUUGCUAUUUAGAAAUCAAGAGCACUCUAGUUUUAACCUUCUAUUUUGUUAUUUUUACAAUUAUUUUCUCUUGGGAAAUACAUGCUAUUGUGUUCUUUUCAGUCCCUAGUUUUUAGCUGUGGUGUUUAAUUAAAUGUAUGUUUACAGAAAUUGACACAUUAUUAAAAAUGUAUAUUUAUAUUUUUUUUCUUUAAAAUUGGAAAUUGUUUUAAACAGGACGUAGCCCAGUUCUCUCAAAUAUCUGUUGUUCACAAUGCAGGUGGCACCUAUUUUCUAAUCUCGAGAAGUCUUGGCCCCGAGUUAGGUGGCUCGAUCGGCUUGAUAUUUGCAUUUGCAAAUGCUGUAGCAGUUGCUAUGCACACUGUGGGGUUUGCCGAGACUGUUCGUGAUUUGUUGGCGGUAAGAACAUCUGUUUGACUGAGUCCUGGUUCAAAUUAAAAAGGUGAAUCCAGUACCGGAUAACACCCUUACCUUUUCUCUUCACAGGAUUAUGACUCCACUAUCGUGGAUCCAACAAAUGACAUCCGAAUUAUCGGGGUUAUUACAGUCGCGGUCCUCCUGGGAAUUUCUUUGGCUGGCAUGGAAUGGGAGGCAAAAGUGAGAUUUUGUAUAUAUGAAAUAUGAAUUUAUUAGAAUUAAUAUGUUGCUAUUAUUAACAUAUAACAUAUUUUUUAAAUGCUUUACAAGUUUAGGAAUGUUAUAUAACUUCAAAUGAGAGACAAACUAUUAGAAAUGCUGACAUGAACCUCAUGAUAAAGAAAGCCUUGCUUAAAUUUGCUUACCACCUAGAGCAGUGUUUCCCAAAGUGUGGGUCGGACUCCCGGUGUGUCGCCAGCUGAGUUUGGAUGGGUCGCACUGACCCACGCAUCCAUGAGUCCACCUGGGUCAGCAUGGUCAGGGGACCCUAUUAUUGCUGUAUUAUCAGCCGCAAUGGGAAGAAGUAACUGCCUGUCACUUCCUCUCCACUUCUUACUGAGAGAGCGCAGGAGGGAGGGAGGCGGUGGCACCAGCAGCAGCAUGGGGAAGACAGGCUGGAGUGAGCUACACUCAUUCCCAUCGAUCUCAGCCAGCAGGAACCCAAGCAUGCCACCUUCCUGCACACAAAAGGUAUGCCAACAGGAGGGUGGCUACAAAUAUACAAAUUAUUACAUUUAUGUGUGUCAGAUUGUGUGUGUGUAUAUGGAUCCUUGUGUGUGUGUGCGCGCGCACAUCUGUGUGCAUAUGAGAGUCUGUGUAACUGUGUAUCAGGUGUGCAUCUGUGUGUGUGUCAGUGUGUAUAUGAAUUUGUGUUCAUUCGUCACUGUAUUUAUGUGUAUGCAUCUGUGUGUUAAUGUGUGCACAUAUCUGUGUAAGUACUUAUGCAUGUGGCAGUGUAUGUGCAUACAUCCAAGCAGUCAAAUGCCACUCCUGCAAUCUAACACAAAUAUUACAUACAAACACACACCUGCAUUAAAAAUCUAAAAUUAUAUACAAACACACCCCUUCACUCAAACACCAAUAGUACGCACAAAAGCAUAUCUGCAUUUAAAAGCCAUCACUACAUACACACCCAUGCAUUCUUACGCAAACACUACACACAAGUACACCAAUACAUUCCAAUGGCAACAGUACAUACAAAUACCUCAUACAAAAACAUGCUUACAUUCAUAUUCUACCUUUUGGUCACACUUGCACUAGAGGGGGGCCCAGAAAAUGUAUUUGCACCAGGGCCCAUUUCUACAUUAGUUCCACCACUGGGAUACUCAAUGUGAGGUGCCUGGAUGAAAGAGCGGGACACAGCGCUUCUGAUUCUGCCGGAGUCUGUGAGUAACCAUUUGUAUGCCUCUUAAACUGAUUGCCAUGGUGUGCCAGGUUUCUGCCUUUAAAACUGCCAUGAUAUGCCAAGUAUAUGCCUCUAAAGCUGAUUGCCAUGGUGUGUCAAUAUUAUGCCUCUAAAACUACCAUGAUGUUCCAAUUUUAUGCGUCUUACACUGAUUGCCAUGGUGUGUCAAUUUUAUGCAUCUAAAGCUGCCAUGGUGUUCCAGUUUUAUGCAUCUAAAGCUGAUUGCCAUGGUGUGCCAAGUUUCUGCCUCUAAAACUGUCAUGAUAUGCCAAGUUUAUGCCUCUAAAGCUGAUUGCCAUGUAUGUGUAUAUGUCUGUUUCAGUAUGUGUAUGUGUAUCUGUGUCUCUUUGUAUCUGUGAGUGUGUCUGUCUUUGUGUUUUCUGUGUCAGUGUUUGAUUGUGUGUGUGUGUCUGUGUAUUUGCAUGUGUGUCAGUGUACGUGUCUGAGUCAGUGGUGUAUUCUGGAUUUGUGCUGCCCUAGGCACAACUAAUUUCGGCAACCCUUAUCUAAAUUUUUCCCACCAAUUCGUGUCAAGGCCUUUUUUUUGACUGACAGAGACACACUCACAAUGACAGACACAAACACACACUCACUGACAGUCAUAAACAUACUCACUGCCAGACACACACAGACACACACACAUUUUCUCAUACACUCACUAAUUAUUCAUAUUUUUUUUAAUCUAAAAGGUCAUAUCUCCCUCAUCGCCCGGCUAGAAUAUUAGUACUUUAACACCUAGGGGGGCCCUAAGGUGGCAGCCAGCUCUUGGGCCCCCCAGUACACACAACAAACAAGGCAUUUACCUGGACACUUGGGGCGGCUUUUUUGGCACCGCCCCACUCUGAAAGUGCCGCCCUAGGCAAAUGCCUUGUUUGUCUUGUGGUAAAUACACCCCUGGUCUGAGUAUCAGUGUGUGUGGAAGUGUAUACACUACACACAAAUGCACACCUGCAUUCAAACACCAACAUUCACACAGAUACUCCAUACAAAAACAUGCUUGCAUUCAAACACAAAUUGUGUGUGUGUGUGUGUGUGUGUGUGUGUAUAUAUGUAUAUAUAUAUAUACACACUGCAUCCACUACACAUGUACUAACACACACUGCAGCCAAUACACAAACACACGCAAAAUGCACAUGGUGUAUCCACUCUACAAACACUGCUUCCUUGUGGGUGGAUUUGGAGACGGGUCCUGUGGGGUGGAUUUGGAGGUGCGCCUUGGGGGCCCAGACCUUGAGCUGUGUUAGGGUCCCCAAAAUUUCUGAUGGCGGCCCUGUAUAUAAACAACCUGUCCAUAAGAGGUCCAGUAUAGCCUAAUUGCGAGGAGACUUACAUUAUAUGUAUCAUUUAAAGCUAACUGAAUAGUAGUUAAACAUAAAGAAAACACUUUCUUAGUAAUACUAAUGACACAAGCUUACAAUGAUAUAACUUAGUUUAACCCCUUCAGGACCAAGGACGGUUCAGGACAGUCAUCUGCAUUUUUGCGUUGUGGACCGGUGACGGUCCUGAACCGUCCUAACGGUCCAAUGUACUUACCCUAUCGCCGUAGUUCCCCCGGCGGCGAUCGGCGUUGCUCCUGUUGUGGGGAGACUGCCUGCAGCCCAGACAGUCUCCCCACGGCAGAUUAGGACCCCUUGGGCCAUGUGAUCGCUCAACAGAGCGAUCACAUGGUCACAAUAGGUGUCCAUAGUGCUGCCUGCAGGGGGACUGUCUGUGCUGACAGGCAGUCUACCUGCUAGUGUAAAAUCAGAAAAAAAAAUAACUGUUAAUGUUACUAAAAAAAUUAUAAUUAUAUAUGUGUGUGUGUGUGUGUGUAUAUAUAUAUAUAUAUAUAUAUAUAUAUAUAUGUCCUGACGAAAGCUUGAGGGGAUCAGGCUGAAACGUUGACACUUUGGAUGUUUUAGCAAAGGUAAUAAAAGUUAAUUUGUAUAAGUCCCUGGAGUGCUAUCUUUGGAAUUUCUUUAUAUAUAUAUAUAUGAUAUAUAGACAUAUAUUAUACAUAUAUAAUAUGUCUAUAUAUCAUAUAUAUAAUGUCAUACUAAGUGUAUUUUUAUAUUAAUAUGUACAUAUACACUUCUAAUUAAAUUACACACGUGUAUAUAUAUACAAUAUAUAUAACAACUAUAUAUAUUGUAUAUAAAUAUUAUUAUAAAAUACAAAUAAGUAAUUUAAAUUAAAAACAUGUAAAAAUAAUAAUAAAUUUUUUUAAAUAUAUAUCUAAAUGAAAUUUUAUUCUAACUGUAUUUUGAUAGUAAUAUAUUUAUAUCAAAAUACACUUAGAAUGAAAUUGUAUAUAUAUCUAUGUAUAUAUAAAUAAAUAAAAAUAAUACGAAAUAUACAUAUGUCCAUAUUCAAAAUUACAUAAAUAAUUAUAUAAAUAUACACGUAGACUUCAAAUAUAUAAAUAUGCAUAUAUAUUUAAAUUCUACGUGCGUAUUUAUGUAAUAUUUUUACAUAAUUCAGUAAUUUUAUUGAUUGCAAUUUGAGGGACCUGCCUGCCAACCCAGGCCGAAAUUCCAGAGAAUUUAAUUUGCUAGCACUGUAUUUUACCCUGUAACGUUCUACGACACCCUAAAACCUGUACAUGGGGGGUACUGUUUUACUCGGGAGACUUCGCUGAACACAAAUAUUAGUGAUUCAAAACAGUAAAACAUAUCACAGCGAUGAUAUUGUCAGUGAAAGUGACUUUUUUUGCAUUUUUCACACACAAACCGCACUUUUACUGAUGAUAUAAUUGUUGUGAUACGUUUUCCUGUUUUAAACACUAAUAUUUGUGUUCAGCAAAGUCUCCCGAGUAUAACAGUACCACCCAUGUACAGGUUUUAUAGCGUUUUUGAAAGUUACAGGGUCAAAUAUAUGGGUCAAAUAUUUUUACAUUGAAAAUGGCCAGGUUGGUUACGUUGCCUUUGAGAGCGUAUGGUAGCCCAGGAAUGAGAAUUACCCCCAUGAUGGCAUACCAUUUGCAAAAGAAGACAACCCAAAGUAUUGCAAAUGGGGUAUGUCCAGUCUUUUUUAGUAGCCACUUAGUCACAAACACUGGCCAAAAUUAGCAUUCAAUUUAGUUUUUUACUUUUUUCACACACAAACAAAUAUGAAUGCUAACUUUGGCCAGUGUUUUCGACUAAGUGGCUACUAAAAAGACUGGACAAACCUCAUAUUGAAUACCCUGGGUUGUCUACUUUAAAAAAAAUAUGUACAUGUGGGGUAUUAUUCAGAGAUUUAUGACAGAUAAUAGUGUUACAAUGUCACUAUUGAUAAAUUUUAAAAAUGUAUGUUUUGAAACCGCAAUAUCCUACUUGUACCUAUAGCCCUAUAACAUGCAAAAAAAAAAGCAUGUAAACACUGGGUAUUUUUAAACUCAGGACAACAUUUUUAAUCUAUAUAGCAGUUUUUUUUCAUUCGCUUUUGUAGAUGAGUAAAAGAUUUUUCAAGUGAAAGUAAAAAAACGUGUUUUUUUUCAAUUAAAUUACAUGAGAUUAUAUAAAUAAUGGUAUGUAAUCUUUGUAUGGGAACAGUAAAUGAGAGAGCGAAAAAUUACAGCUAAACACAAACACCACAAAAGUGUAAAAAGAGGCCUGGUCGCAAAUGUACAACAUCGCAAAAACAGUCCAGUCCUUAAGGGGUUAAGUAAAAUUGAACUGUGCGGUAGAGUUUUUUUUAUUGUUAGUAGACUUUUUGCGCCACAAGCUACAGUUUUUUGUUUUUUUUCUCUUAGGCACAGAUUCUGUUCUUCAUUGUAAUCAUGAUCUCAUUUGUAAAUUACUUGGUCGGGACCAUUAUUCCAGCGUCAGAAGAAAAGAAGGCCAAGGGGUUUUUCAGCUAUCGAGGUGACUAAUGGAAUCAAUGAUACGUUCGAAUUUUUGCCACUUGCUCAACCAGCUAAUUAACUUUUCCAUAAGAGAUCUGGGGAAAUGUGACUAUAGAUGCAACAACAUAUAGGGGUAUUCACUAAAAAAAUUAUACUGAAUUUGCUGGGAAUUCAAAGUGAAUUUCAAAUUUUAGGUUAAAAGUACAGAAAUGCCAAAUAAUUCUAUAAAUCAGAAAAGUUUUCCCCUUUUUUUGACUAAAAUUUAAAAUUUCACUUUGAAUUUCCAACAGUUCUUACUUUGUUGAAUAAUGCUGCAAGUCUCCAGCUAUGGUUUAAUAUUCAAAUAGAAGAGAGAGAAGUCUGGGUGCUAAAAAAUGCCUUAUACGACAAUGUGUAUAAAAGUGUUUCACACUCUAGUUUAAUCCCCAAAUUCACCAACAGAGAGCAAUGUGUAAUAGUGAGUGGAGCAAAAUAAAACCGUAUUAAAACAGUAUUAAAAAAUUGUAUACAAACUCAUUAGGUAUAUGCUAAUUCUUCCCAGAAAUGGUUGAGAUAUGUAAGAGAAAAACAUAAAAAAUGCAAUGAUAGUGCAGAUUGUAUUAAACUGACAACAAUGAAUCAGUUGGCAUUCGCUUAGUAAGCCUUAUUUGUAAAUAAUCAAUAUGAUCUUUCCAGAUAUAAUAUUUUAUAGAAUAGCUUCAAAUGCAAAAUGCUGGAAAAGUAUAACCAUUUUAUUGUCUGCUACAUGCAGAGUUAAAACAAACACAUUAAUAGAGAGAAAUAUAGAAUAUACUAUAAUAUAAAUUAAAAGCAGAGGGUAGCCGAGCCGGAGGAGUGACAGCAGCCCACCCAUUGACUUGUAUAAGCUGUUUUAGUGAGUAACGGCGGAAGCCGCUCUAACUCUCCAUCAAAUCUAGUAAGGGGCUAGCUACCUAAUGAGUUCUACUUUUCCAUAUACCUAAUGAGUUUGUAUACAAUUUUUUAAUACUGUUGUUUUAAUACUGUGUUUUAUUUUGCUCCACUCACUACUACACAUAUGAUUUAAUAUUACUAAAAUACAAAAUCAAGUGAAAAAAGGCGCUAAAAAAUGAUAUAAAAAACAUAGCAGAAUUAAAAUAUUCUAAAGAAAACUGCACCUUUAAAUGUGAAAUAGCCAAAAAAUACCUAAAAUUAAAAUAUAUAGAAAAAAAGGUGCGCUGUACAUUUAAAAUACUUUACAAUAUACAAAUAUAAAGUGCAACAGAGUACAGAGAAAGUGCAAUUUAAAGUGCACUAUAUUGUGCCAUAAACAGUGCAAUGCAUAGCAUUAUCUCCAAAUUUGGUGCAAAAGCAAACCAGUAUCCUUGGUGAUAAAAAGCAACCAGGAGCCCUUACUCUGUUAGCAUUGGAAAAGGAACUGUUUUUAGUAUACCUUACUAGGUAUGGGUAGUGCAAAUCAGUCAAUGAAAAUAAAAGAGAAAAAAAAGGAAACACUAAUAGUGUAACUCUGCGGCACAGAUAUUUAAAAUAUGCAAGAGAAUCAGGCAACUCACAAGAGGAGAGCAGUUAAAGUCUGCUCUAACUUGUACAGCUCAAUUGUCCUGUAGCCAGGAUCUCGAUGUAAUAGGUAGGACGGUAACUUGAUGCAAGUGAAUCCUUUAUUGGUAACAUAAAAACAUUAAGUGACCAGCUCUAUCCCAUAUGCAGUGCUUCCCCUUUGUGUCCUCAGUCUCUCUGACGCGCCGCUAGCACUUGCAGUCCUCGGGCAGCCAACACGGUGUAAAAUUCAUCUGGUAACUCGACGUACUGACGUCGCGCAUCUUGUAGUGUGAUGAUGCGUUUAGCAUGAAGAAGUUGCCCAGGCGAAACGCGUCAUCACGCUACAAGCCGCACGACGUCCGUACAUUGUUUACAUUGCAGCCCAGGGUUACCCCCCACUGGUCACUCCUCAGGUGGCUGCUAGAGGUGCUUCCUGGGGCAGUGCUGCACAGUGGCGCUGGAAAUAAUGUACGGUUUAACCCGUUCUGAGAGGGCUGUGGGGAGGGGCAAGUCACCUACAUGGUAAUUUUAACACUGUAGGGUCAGGAGUACACGUUUGUGUUUCUGACCCUAUAGUGUUCCUUUAAAUGUAACACUUAUAAACCGUGGGAUUUAAAUCUUGUACGAUUCUAAUACACAUAAUUUUUCUAUCCCUGUUUAAUUCAUCAUAUCUCAAAGCCUAGUCUAAUGUUCUAGUAUUUUUCCUUCUUUAGAAUACACUCCCCUCACUUACUCACUCACAUGCACCUUUCAAAGAACUUCCUAAAUUCUGAUAUUGCUGUCAAAAAUUGAACCAGCAUUGAAAAGUUUACUUGGGAGAAUCCAAUUUAGCAAUUUAAUAGUUUGUAACCCACUUUGCGUCUCAUGCAGAAUUUGUUAGACCCCUAACUACGCAUGAAAAAUACAUUUUCUUAUUUUUUUUUUUAUAGCUGAUAUUUUUGCUGAGAAUUUUGUCCCUAAUUGGCGUGGGCAAGAUGGCUCUUUCUUUGGCAUGUUCUCCAUUUUCUUCCCAUCAGCCACUGGAAUACUGGCUGGAGCAAACAUUUCUGGUGACUUGAAGGUAUACGUAAUUUUAGUAUUAUGAUAUUCCAGAUAUGAGUUGGGAAAAUAAUGAGGCUCUCUAAAAUUAUAUUCCAUUUUCUUAAUGCAGGAUCCAGCUGUAGCUAUUCCUAAAGGCACCCUGAUGGCAAUCUUCUGGACCACCGUGUCCUACCUGAUCAUAUCUGCCACAAUUGGUGUGUAUUAGGAAAGUUUAUCUGUCUCUAAAUCCUGUUUAAUUUGAUCUUAUCUCUAUUCCAUUCUGUAUAUCAUUUUGUGUUUCCAAUAUCCUGAUUCUAUAAAUGCAGAGCGCUGUGGAAUAUGUUGGAGAUAUAAAUGCUAAUAUUAUAAAUGCUAAUAAGUAUUGUACGCAGUACUUCGACCAUAUCUCAAGAAGGAUAUUGAUACUUUGGAGAGAGUUCAGAGAAGGGCUACUAAACUGGUUCAUGGAUUGCAGGAUAAAACUUACCAGGAAAGGUUAAAGGAUCUUAACAUGUAUAGCUUGGAGGAAAGACGAGACAGGGGGAUAUGAUAGAAACAUUUAAAUACAUAAAGGGAAUCAACACAGUAAAAGAGGAGACAAUAUUUAAAAGAAGAAAAACUACCACAACAAGAGGACAUAGUCUUAAAUUAGAGGGGCAAAGGUUUAAAAAUAAUAUCAGGAAGUAUUACUUUACUGAUAGGCUAGUGGAUGUAUGGAAUAGCCUUCCAGCUGAAGUGGUAGAGGUUAACACAGUGAAGGAGUUUAAGCAUGCGUGGGAUAUGUAUAAGGCUAUCCUAACUGUAAGAUAAGGCCAGGGACUAAUGAAAGUAUUUAGAAAAUUGGGCAGACUAGAUGGGCCGAAUGGUUCUUAUCUGCCGUCACAUUCUAUGUUUCAAGGGACACUGUAGGCACCCAGACCACUACAGCUCAUUGAAGUAGUCUGGGUGCCAACUCCCAUCACCCUUAACCCUGCAAGUGUAAUUAUUGCGUUUUUUAUAAACUACAAUAAUUACCUUGCAGGGUUAAGUCCUCCCCUAGUGGCUGUCUAUCAGACAGCCACUAGAGGGACUUCCGGCUUCUUAGACGACUUUUGGUCGUCUAAAUGAUACUGGACGUCCUCACGCUAUGCAUGAGGACCUCUAGCAUAGCCAGAAUCCGCAUAGGAAAGCAUUAAAUAAUGCUAUCCUAUCGGGAGGUCUAAUGAGCAUUAGGUCUCCCCUGCCGGCGGACGUCGGCAGGGGAGGAGCGUGGGUGGGGCCUUACCCAUCGCAGAGGGAUUCAGGUAAGUGUCUGAAGGGGUUUUAGAGAAUCCCUUUAAUAAUAAUUUACUCAUAUAUUUAGAACAUCCUUAUGUGCACGUGUGCUUACUUUACCUCCAAUUUAAAGGCUUGGAAACAAAACCUUGUAGAUUACUUUAGUUCAAAUGGUUCCAUCACCCAGGAAAAAUAUAUUUGCUUUUUAUUUUUUAAUGAAUGAAGCAACUUUUUAUCAUUCCUUGUUGCUUUUUAUUUUUUAAUGAAUGAAGCAACUUUUUAUCAUUCCUUGUGUACUGACAUUGGGUUUUGAUUUAAAAAGGACUUUAUUUUACUGGAUCCGUUGCGGUCAGCAGAGUGGGCUCCAGUUUAGGGCAGGUGUGAGACUGGUGCUUGCUUAUUCUCUAUUAAAACACCACUGUCAAAUUGUUGAAUUUCAAAUGUCCAAUGUCAUUACAGUAUUGCUUUAAUAACGACGCAUUCCGUAGACCAGUGUCUUUACUGCUUUGGUCAACUAGAUAAUUCAUGGAUCCAUGGCAAGUUCUCCCCCUGAGAAGCCAGGACAGGCAGGUGCCCAUAUCAGCCUGUAUGUUAAAUGAAUGGAAGACUGUAAGCACCAUAGCCACUUACAUUGAAUGGAGUGGUUAUGGUGCCCAGAAACAGCUGUGGUGCCUGCAUCUAGUUGCCGAUUUCUAGGCUUUACCAAGGCUAGCUGUUUGGGACUUGGGGCAGAUUGCAAAUGCCUGGGUUGGCAUCCUGAUAAUGGAAGAAAAUGACAGGGGGCCUAUCCUCCAAAGACAAUAUGGCAGAUGUGGAGCUUUGCUUUCUCCUUGCACCACACCAGGUCAUACCAAGGAUUGGAGCAUUGAUUGGUUGAGGACACUCAACUGACAAGGUCAGCCUAUCACUUGCCAUUACCAUUGGUAUGUUAUGAAGCAGAGAGUAGCUCCACCUCUGCCAAAUUGUCAUUGGAGGCUGAGCUUUAGACAACUGUAUCUCAGAAACUACUGGAAACCAACCAAUUGUAGUACACAGAAAUUCAAAGAACAGACAAGACCACAUUAAUAUCAGACCGAGAGACUCAUAACAAACUCAUCCAUUGAGCAAGAGUUUUAGUCAAAUUGUUUGGAAGUGUAGAGUGUAGACUGCUUUGCUAUUUUAUGUUUUUAAUGUCUAAAAAAUCAUCAGUAAUCAUUGAAUAGAAGAAGUAUGUGUACUGAAAAUCCCAAUGACCCUGGAUUCACACUUCAGACAAUUCUAAAUUGAGAAUAAAUGGUCCAAAUAUUGGUCUCUGUCAAUCGAAGUAGUCCUUAUGGUCCACGUUCUGGACCAUGGAAUGUAUCUUCAGUCUCGUUUAUUUUUUUCUGCAGCAUCCUGCGUAGUUCGAGAUGCAUCUGGAAACCUCAAUGACACCGCUAUUGCUGGGGAAUAUUGCACAGGUUUGGCAUGUGGGUACGGAUGGAACUUCUCUAACUGUAUAGCCAAUAAGACCUGUAAAUAUGGACUGAGCAAUCACUACCAGGUGUAUACUUGUCUUUUGUCCUAUCAAGACACUUGUCAUUAACCUAAUGUUUAUCCAUAGAUAUUGCAGAACAAAUAUAAAUAUGUGUGUGUUUGUGUGUGUUGCAGACUAUGAGCAUGGUGUCUGGGUUUGCCCCUCUUGUCACUGCUGGGAUAUUUGGCGCCACCCUGUCUUCUGCUUUGGCUUGCCUGGUCUCUGCACCAAAAGUGUUCCAAGUAAGGAAGAUGGUGAUGUCUAGAACAUUGUGUAGCAGACGAUGUGUAUAUGGGACUACCAUUUUCCUGCACCCACACAGAUAUAUUGCAGUCUAUUAUAGGAUUGGAUAGUAAAGUUCUGUAUCACUACUUGCUGUGUGUGCUUAGUUAUGUUUAAACAUACAGCUGUACAUUUUGUAAACGAAGGUACAGAACAGAGGUUUUAUUCACUAAACUCUGAAUAGCAGUAAAUUAAAACCCAAAAGGUAUAAUUUAGGCUGAAACAGUCAAACUGUGCUAUGCAUCCCAACAGUCUGUUUGGAUGGGACAGUAGGGCUGCUAAAGCGUUCCUUGCGUGGCCUUAGUGCCAUGUGCACAACGUGAGCAGGUCUAAUGAUGUGCUCACACUGUGUUGCUUAGAGACAGUUCCCUGGUGUCCCCAAAUGCGAGACACCAGAAAACUAAAGAGAGACAGAACCCCGAAUCAGGAGUGCUGGGGGGCCUGCUGGGAGUUGGAGAAUUUUUUCAAAAUCCGCUUCUUUAGUCUCAAUUAUGCCAUUCAGAUAUUAAUUUGCUAAAUUUGUGAAUAACUUCAAAUUCUCAAAUUUGCAUCAUACCCAAUAACUCUUACUCUACUGCUUAGCUGUUAACAGAAUGUCUGUCUGUACCCGAGACACAAACAUUGUUACUGUAGGCAGGUGGGGAUUUUAUUAUUAUUAUUAUCUUACUAUGGCAUUGUUUUAAGAUUAAUAUAAGUGAUAGAACAAAUAGUAGAGUUAUCCUACUGGGCUUAGAGCUAAUAUUUAGGUUUAAAGUGUUUUGGAUCAGUUUCGCUGUAAAACUUGGCAAUCUGUAAACAGAUCCAAGUCUCUUUCUGUAGAUGAAGGUACAGAACAGAGGUUUUAUUCACUAAACUUUCUAUAGCUGUGAGGAUAAUCUGUUUGCUUCACUCUGUAGAACUGUUUCUUUAAUUAAAGUCUCUCUGUGAGGAUUGCUGUAUAUGUUAAUGUCAAUCCUUCCUUCUUGAUCCAGUGUCUCUGUAAGGACAAUCUGUACCCACUUAUCGGUUUCUUUGGGAAAGGUUAUGGAAAGAACAAUGAGCCUAUUCGUGGAUACCUCCUCACGUUCCUGAUCGCAGUGGCCUUCAUCCUGAUUGGUCUGUACAUCAUUUCCUUGCAGUAUUAUUAUGGAAUUAGAACAGGGUGCUACAUUUCAAGUCCUAUGCUGCCCAGUCAUAAAAUUAAAUUGCAAAUGUGUAAUAUUGAUCUCUUCAUCAGGAUCGUGUGCCCUGGGGUUCUCUGGGUCAUGUAGGCCUCCCCUUGGUUGUAUGGACGGCGGUGGGGGUUUACCUCCAAGUGAGCACCCAGCUCGGAAGAAGAGCAGGUGUUUAGGACAGCAGUGCUGCUCAUUUGUGCGGCAAGAGGUGCAAGUGGGUGUGGGCUGUAGUCCAUGUAGGCCUCUGGUUCUGAAGAGAAGCAGGCAUUUAGGUUGCCGGGAUUGGGUCUUUGUACUUCAGGAGGUAGGAGCACCUGAGAGCAGUUGCUAGGUCGGUGCCAGAAUUUCAGGCAGAUCAUAUCAAAUCUGUGGUUAAAGGAGUCAAGCCACUUCUGGGUUCCAAGGCCUGUCUGGGAUCGUGGUACCUCCAGCUCGGCGGCUAUGUUGGACUCACCACGCUGGUCUUGUGUUGGUCAGCAAAUCUUAGCCCAGUGGGUUACCUCCGCGGUCCAAAGGGGAGGUGGGGAAACGGGGUUAAAUGAUAUCCUGCUGCUAAUGCAACAUUGUGCGGAGCAAAUGAUCAGCCGCCUCACUCGCUCAACAGUUGUGUUAGGCCUCAGUGGGAUUUCCGUAAGAAAAUCUUGCAGGCAAGGCACCCAAGGUAAAAUUAUAUAUAUUUAUAUAUAAAAGUGUUGAAUGUUGGGGUGCAGCCAAGCUAUUGAACCGAGCGGUCGCAUGUCUGCAGUACAAACAGGCAAAAUCGACCGUGAUCGAGGGAAUGUUUUGGAUCCCAAGACCGAUCAAGUCACCUGUCACAACUCCAAGGGACUUGAUUGUACAAGACAGCGGUAAUUGGUGCUCUCAGGGGGAAAUCUCCCUACAGCUUAGAGAAUUAAUCUCUCACAUAUUACGCAGAUUUAUCAGGGAGCACCAGGCCUGGACUGGCCAUCGGGCACACCGGGAAAAUGACCGGUGGGUCACGAUGGCCGUGGGCAGGGGAGAUCACAGAAUCUACACGAGCGCCGGCCCUGCUGUGUGCCUUUGUGGGCCGGUGGGCAGAUCAAAGAUCUCCCCACCAGCCCAGAGAUGCGGCCGCCGGCUGGGGAGUGAGGGAGGCAGGAGAGGACCCGGGGAGCUCUAGCUAGCAGCUCCGCCGGGUCCUCUUGCGAGCCGCGACAGUUAACGCUCACCACUAGGACCACCAGGGAAGGCAGCACGGCACCCUCCUCCAUGGAAACCCGACUCCCCCCUUCCUUCUUACCUUUAGCCUGGGGGAUAUAACUUUUUUAAAAUUAUUAAUAAAAAAUAUAUUUAAAUAAAAAAAUAAAUUCACACUAACAGCCCCUCACACACACUGCACCCCCAGACACACACUGCACCCCCAGACACACACAACACCCCCCAGACACACACAGCACCUCUGCUCACACAACACCCUCAGACAGACACAGCUCCCUCAGACAGACAGCACCCUCAUUCACACAGCACCCUCACACACACACACACACACACACACAUACACAUAUAUAUUUAUAUAUAAUAUAUAAAAUAACCCUCCGUGAGUUAACAAACACAAAAAAUUAGAAACCUAGAAUGUGACGGCAGAUAAAAACACCCUCACACACAGCACCCCUCUUACACACACACUGCACCCUUCACACACACACAUACACACACACACAAUACAGCACCCCUCACACUGCACCACUACACACAUUACACUCCAGAUAUACGCUAGAUCCCUUACCCUAUAUGCACUCUUAACCCUCUACACACACACACACACAAUCUCCUAUACCCACUCUGGGUCCUUUACACAUUAGCUCUCCUAAACACACAUACUGCACCACCUACACACACACACUACAUUCCUUACAAGCAAACAUAUACAACACUCUCUAAACACAUCCUCUCUACAACCCCUACACACACUGUCACCUAUACACACACUACAGCCCGUAUGCACACACUCGCUACAUCCCCUAUAACAUUAUGCCCCUAUACACACACUCUCUACAGCCCCUAGCCACACAUAUUACACCACAAACACAAAUGAAAUUGACCUAUUUACACAAUACCACACUCUACACACACGCAAUCCCACAAGCAGGCUCCAAACACAUGCACCAUACGCUUUCCUGGCCCUUUUGUCCUCUGCUAUCGCACUUAUGGAGACACAAGACAAUUUAAAAGCAAACACAGCGCAAGCAUGUUAUUAAAUUUGCUUGCACUGCGCAGAACACAUACAGGGCCUUUUUCUAAUGCUAGAACUCUUCAGCAGGGCUCUGGGCAUUGAACCAACAUGCUCACUUUGAGAUGGGGCGUGCUUGUCAUUAGUGAUGACAAAACACACCCUCUCUGGCCCCACCCCCUUCUUAGGGGGCCGCUCUGAUUGAAAAAUGCCCAGGCCUAAUUUUUUUCCCAGUCCGGCCUCACGUGGCAAAAAACCAUGCAGCCAUUCACAGUGCUCCUCCGAGCGCGCAACAUCUCCUACAGAUGGAAGAGAUCCCACACACUGAUGGUACUGCAGGGCGCUAUAUCCUACCCAGUCCAAGAUCUUGAAUGGCCUGGGGCUAUUUUGGAAAAUCUGGGUCUCCCACAAGACUCUCAUGAGCAGGGCAACAGUGACAACGGCCAGAACGCAUAUCUUGGACCCGGGUAACACAGCCCCAUUUGUGCCCCAAAGGCCUUCUGCAGACACCUAUGCGGCGGUUACCACAUGAACUCCUGCUGUUUGUCUUCUGGAAUACUUUUCUGUUUAAUUAACCAUAGUCCGUACUUAUGUUAUACGCAAAACAACACAUAGGCGAACCCCCAUCUAUAAGUUCCCUUACGCAUUCACCUAAGGGACAGUGGCUACGGGCCUAGUGGAACAUCGCCACUUAUCUUUCCCCCCCCCUGCCUGCAGUAAGUCUUAGUCGCACUGCCCUUCAACAGCGAGCUGCCCCCACGAAUGCCACCAAGGAAGCCACCAGGUAAUAAAGGGCACAUAAUUUUCUCUCACUACCGUGCCUAGCCAGGGCACAUAUGAUGACUUGUCAUUACCUAAUCAGUGCAUAUAUAUUCGUUAUCUCUGUGUACCCACAAAAUGAAAAAAAUUUUUUUUUAAAAAGUGUUGACUGUUUUAGUAUGAGAUGAUGCUCGUGAUCGUAUUCUGUUAAAACAUGGCUCUUUCUAAGUACAAUUAAUGUAACAUUGCACAUUUCAUUUUUGGUCACGUUAUAGCAUAUGUAAGCUGUUUCAAAUUCAUGAGAUAAUACAUUGCUCCUUUUUUCAACAGGCGAGCUCAAUACUAUCGCCCCGAUCAUUUCAAACUUCUUCCUGUGUUCCUACGCCCUGAUUAACUUCAGCUGUUUUCAUGCAUCGAUCACCAACUCCCCAGGUAAUUCCCAGAUCAGUACUUGCAUGGUCACAUCUACUCAUUCCACCAAGAGAAGAGUAUGCACUGUUUGAGACCCCCUCUAUGUUUAUUAAAAGAGGAAAUCAUGUCUUUCCUAAUAACCAUGAUGACCUGUGAAAUUGGCAACAAUAUUUGACGUUUGCUUUGAAUUACUGGUAGUUCACAGCUAGAUUAACGCUGAUAGUAUUUAAUGGGUUACUCCAAGCAUCAUGACCCCUUUUGUGUUUUUAAAAGUGGUCAUCGUGCUUGAGAUAUUAAAUGUUGCAUCAUUAGUACGUAAUUAGCCAGAGGAUUUCUGGGCUGGCUAAUGUCAAUUCUGUGCAUAUUCUAGGCACAGGAAGUAAUUAAUUUGCUAAGCGCUCUGCUGACACAUUCAGCUAAUGAAUCAGCAACAGGAUCAGUAUCAGACUUUUGCAGCUCUGCGGAAGCCAGAUGCAGCUCAGCCGGCAUCAUCGGACCCAUGGCACCCAGUGAGACCCUGGUAGGAGGGCAAAAUGUUGUCCCAUUUCUAAUUAAUUGCGCUGUAGUGGUCAUAAUGCUUUAAGUAACUCUUUAAUAGACUUGUGCACAGCCACAUCUAAUUUAAACAUUUUAUUACAUGACACAAGGCUCAUAUUUUGCUCUCCCUUUAUUGACUCCAAACAACAGCAAAGAAAAUACAUGAAACAAGCAACCAAUCAGAAACCAGGAACAUGUAUAUGUUUGCUUCUCCAAGUGGAACACAGUUUAGAGUAUUGCUGCUACUCAUACAGUGACUUUCUCUGUAUAUUUUUCUACUUGUUUAUUGAACUUUUUUGUUUAUGGUUUUAUACUUGUGUAUCCUUAUAUUUUUUCCCUACUUCACACUUUUUGCCAUUUUUGUUUGAAUGUCUUCUCAUUUGGGGGACUUCACACUUGGUCAGCAACAAGUUUCUUCAUCCACUUUCCUCUGCUUGGAGAGCAUGCCUGCACACUGCGGGGUCCCUAAGGAGUGUCUUAUCUCUGCAGGAGCCAUGACAUACUACUGUGGUUGAACUCCACUGUUUUAUUAGCGCACAUUAUCGCAUUUGUGAAGCACAUACUGAGGUUAACUGCUGCAAGAGAAGUGAGCCCUCUCUCUCAUGCAGGCCAAACACUCCACGUCAGUUGGUGAUAUCUGGCUGGGUGAUCAUCAGACGGAGUCUUCCUUCAUACAAGAGACUAUCCUGGGUGAUGCACAAGUGAGUCAAGUGGCCUUUCCACCAGAUGCGGAAGUCUUCUUCGACAAUGCCGGAAACAAAAUGUUCAAUCCGCAAAACAUUAGGUAUCCCAGAUCCGCUGAAUGGGUACUGCCAAAUCAUCUGGCAAAAUGAAGGCACAUGUGGCUGAGGAAGCCAUUAGAGGAAGAUUUGAGGACCCGCCUACAUUCCGAGUCCGGUUCUGCCGGAUAAGAUUUUCCAAACCCCCUGAUUUGACUCUGCUGUGCUGACCUUUAUGGCUCACUUUGAACGUGAUAAGGAGAUAGAGAGAGGUCUUCGGGCAGUGCAAGACAAACCUUUAGACUCAACUGGUCCUUUGACCUGCAUUAUUAUUGGGUAAGCUUUCUUAAGGACACAUGACAUGUGUGACAUGUCAUGAUUCCCUUUUAUUCCAGAAGUUUGGUCCUUAAGGGGUUAAAGAACUCCAUAAACAUGCUAACCUCUUCAUACUGCUGAACAGAGCACAUACUUCACUCAAAGUCUUCAAAUUGACUCUUACGAGGUUUGUUUUUGGGCAGCAGGGCUGUCAUUAUGCAUAGGCACGCUGGCAGUUUCCCAGGAUCCACACAACAAUGCCCAUGUGCCAAGGCCAACAGGGGAGAUCCUUUCAUCUACCCUGCCAGCCAAUGCAAAGCCAUUCUCUCUGCCUUCUGAGGUCGGUGGGAAGAUGUGUAUGUGUGUAUUUGGCAGUCUGUUACAUAGUUACAUGGCUGAAAAGAGACUUGCGUCCAUCAAGUUCAGCCUUGUUCACAUUUGUUUUUUGCUGUUGAUCCAAAAGAAGGCAAAAAAAAAAACAGUUUGACGCACAAUUUUGCAACAAGCUAGGAAAAAAAUUCCUUCUUGACCCCAGAAUGGCAGUCAGAUUAAUCCUUGGAUCAAGCAGUUAUUACCCUACAUUGAAAGAUUAUAUCCUUGAAUAUUCUGUUUCUGCAAGUAUACAUCUAGUAACUGUUUGAACAUCUGUAUGGACUCUGAUAAAACCACUUCUUCAGGCAGAUAAUUCCACAUCCUGAUUGUUCUUACAGUAAAAAAAAACUUUCCUUUGCCUUAGACGAAAUCUUCUUUCUUCCAGUCUAAACGCAUGACCUUGUGUCCUAUGUAGAGUCUGGUUUGUGAAUAGAUUUCCACACAAUGGUUUUUAUUGGCCCUGAAUAUAUAUGUAUAAUGUUAUCCCUCUCAGACGACGUUUUUCUAAACUAAAUAGGUUUAAAUUUGUUAACCUUUCUUCAUAGCUGAUAUGUUCCAUUCCUUUUAUUAAUUUUAUAGCCCGCCUCUGCACUUUUUCUAGUGCCAUAAUAUCCUUCUUUAGAACAGCUGCCCAAAAUUGCACAGCAUAUAUAUAAUAUGUGGUUUUACCAGUGAUUUAUAAAGAGGCAAAAUUAUAUUCUCGUCCCGAGAAUGAAUGCCCUUUUUCAUGCAUGACAAUACCUUACUGGCCUUAGCCACUGCUGAUUGACAUUGCACAUUGUUGCAUAGCUUGUUGUCUAUAACAAUUCCCAAGUCCUUUUCGUGUGUGGUUAUCCCUAAUUCGCUUCCAUUAAGGGUAUACGUUGCUUGUGUAUUCUUUACGCCGAAAUGCAUAACUUUGCAUUUUUCAACAUUAAAUUUCAUCUGCCAUUUGAGUGCCCAGUCCCCCAGUCUAUCUAAAUCCCUCUGCAGCAGAGUUUUGUGUCAUCUGCAAACACUGAAACAUGACUUCCAAUGCUGUCUUCAAGAUCAUUUAUAAACAUGUUAAAUAGAAGGGGUCCCAGAACAGACCCCUGAGAGACACCACUUGCCACCUCUGUCCAGCUUGAAAAUUUACCAUUAAUGACAACUCUUUGUACUCUAUUUUUAAGCCAAUGUUCUACCCAAGAACAAGCAUUUUCAUCUAGACCUAUUUCCUUGAGUUUGAACACUAGUCUGUGUAUGUGUGUAUUUGGCAGUCUGUGUAUGUGUGUAUCUGGCAGUCUGUGUAUGUGUGUAUCUGGCAGUCUGUGUAUGUGUAUAUUUGGCAGUCUGUGUAUGUGUGUAUCUGGCAGUCUGUGUAUGUGUGUAUUUGGCAGUCUGUGUAUGUGUGUAUUUGGCAGUCUGUGUGUGUGCGUAUUUGGCAGUCUGUGUGUUUGUGUGUGUGUGUAUUCAACAGUCUGCAUGUGUGUGUGUGUUCAGCAGUAUGUAUGCAUGUAUGGCAUUUGUGUGAGGUACCAAUCAAUAUAAGCUUAUUUUUAUCGAUAAUUUACAUUUUUAUUCCUGUGAGUGGUAGUGUGUAACGGAUCGACUGGCACCCCGACUGGGUACCUCCGUUGAAAGAUGCUCCUAGCGCUUCCCGAGGACUCCAAGCACUCUGGCAGACACCACAAUCACUGAACCGAAGAAGCAUAUAAAUCCUCUCAAGCAUAUGAAUGCUGCAGACAGUUGAAUAGGAACCAUACGAAUAGGUUUACUCUCCUAGCAGUCAAACUGGAACAGCAUACAAUAAAUCCUUCCCCCAAUAAUGAGACGACACUUCACUUUGAGGGUUAAACAGGAACUCUCUGUACUGUCACAUACAGUCUCUUUUAUUCCCAAUCCACAAACAUAGUACAGCCCACAGGGCGUUACAAAACAACCAAUCACAUAACAGUUACAUCCCACAUAUUCCCUCCCCUUAUCCUGAGAGGAAACUCAAUUACACAUACAGUUAAAACAUACUUUCUACCCAACUUUCAUAACUUUAAAACUAUACAUCACAUUCACAUAAAAAUUACAUAUUCACAAUCAAUCCAUUCAGGGGAACAACAUAUUCAAAAAUGGCACAAAUCAGACAAGGGGUUCAAAAGUUAGUAAAAAGUCCUUUGUGACUAAAUGAAGCAUGGCUUUCUGGCCCAAACCAGUUUCAGAGUCUUCUAUCCUGGAGAGUAAUUCAAUUAUCUCCCAGGAUAGACACAAGACCCCAUUAAGCACAUGGUUGCAAAAAGACACAAAACACUUUAAAAUACAUAAAGUCACAUUUACACAUAACACACAGACAUUUCACAUAUCCCCAGAUAGCUGGGAUCUGAGUGCACAUUAUUAGAUAAAUUGCACUCAGAUCACACAAAUAAGCCUUUCUGCAGGGGAAAUAAACGGUUUAACCUGCCGGGCCAUAGUCCAAAGGGAGCAGGCGAGCAACCAGGCUUCUCCAGUUCACAGUGGCGAGGUUGGUUUCGCCACACUUCUCCCCUUUACCAACUAGACUAACAGGGUAUCUGACCUCCUGCCGGUCAGUGCCCUGGUUAGUCCAGCAACCCACCCACAAAACAGAAACAGCAGUACAGCCUACCCACAAUAACUGGUUACUACACCUGGGUAGAGGAGAACUUUGUCCAUGUCCAGGUGCCUCACCACGACUGUGUGGGCAACUGUUAGGCUGCCUUGGUGGGUUGCUGAGUGGGCAGAGACCAGCGGUACUAUGCCCUGGUGCAGCACUACCACGGGAGUAGUCUGGUUGGAGCCUGGUUGCUGGAGGGGGAGACAGACUGUCUCCCCUUUGCCUAAACAGUCCUGCUGCUGGGGGACAGGACCGCCUGUCCCUACCCCCGGUGGUGCAUGUGCAGAGACCACUGUCCCAUCUGCACUGUUGUGGAGAUUACUGUCUCCCCUUGGUGGGCUAAGCUGCUGCUGGGGAGAGGGUGUAACAAGCUCCUCUCCCAUACAUACUUUCAGCCGCUGGGGAGAGGGGAUAACAAGCUCCUCUCCCUGACACUCUCUCUGCUGUUGAAGGGGGAGACCGACUGUCUCCCCUUUCAAUAAUUUGUCCUGUUGCUGGGGAGAGGUGAUAACUGGUUCCUCUCCCUGGAACACUCUCUGCUGUUGGAGAGGGGGACCAACUGUCUCCCCUUUUUAAUAUAUUGUCCUACUGCUGGGGAGCGAGACCGAGUGUCUCCGCUUCCUGCAGGACACACUGCCGCUGGGGAGGAAGUACGGCACCUUCAGCUCCCUGGGAUACAUACUGCCGCUGGGGAGGAAGGACGACACCUUCAGCUCCCUGGGGUACACACUGCCGCUGGGGAAGAAGGACGACACCUUUGGCUCCCUGGGACUCACACUGCCGCUGGGGAGGAAGGACGGCACCUUCAGCUCCCUGGGGUACACACUGCCGCUGGGGAGGAAGGACGGCACCUUCAGCUCCCUGGGAUACACACUGCCGCUGGGGAGGAAGGACGGCACCUUCAGCUCCCUGGGAUACACACUGCUGCUGGGGAGGAAGGACGACACCUUCAGCUCCCUGGGAUACACACUGCCGCUGGGGAGGAAGGACGGCACCUUUGGCUCCCUGGGACACACACUGCCGCUGGGGAGGAAGGACGACACCUUCAGCUCCCUGGGAUACACACUGCCGCUGGGGAGGAAGGACGGCACCUUCAGCUCCCUGGGACACACACUGCCGCUGGGGAGGAAGGAUGACACCUUUGGCUCCCUGGGACACACACUGCCGCUGGGGAGGAAGGACAACACCUUCUGCUCCCUGGGGUACACACUGCCGCUGGGGAGGAAGGACGACACCUUUGGCUCCCUGGGACUCACACUGCCGCUGGGGAGGAAGGACAACACCUUCUGCUCCCUGGGGUACACACUGCUGCUGGGGAGGAAGGACGACACCUUUGGCUCCCUGGGACUCCUUUUUGGCCAAAUCUACUAGAGAUUGCAGGUAUUCUCCUACUAGUUUCCUGGCGAGCUGCACGGCUCUCUCUGGGGGGUUGGGUCCAAAGGUAGACAGCACCUCAUUAACCUCUCUGUCAAACUCCUCCUGAGUGUAGUCAUACGCCAUGCUUGCUCUGCUGAAGUUAGUUCUUUUGUAGAUAGGGUCGCUGUACGGGUACUAGCGUUGCCCUCAAUUUGUAAAUCCACGAACUGUGUCUCAGAGCUGCUUUACCUCGCACUAGGACGCCAUCCCACCGCUGCCACCAAUGUAACGGAUCGACCUGGCACCCCGACUGGGUACCUCCGUUGAAAGAUGCUCCUAGCGCUUCCUGAGGACUCCAAGCACUGCAGCAGACACCACAAUCACUGAACCAAGAAGCAUAUAAUCUCUCAAGCAUAUGAAUGCUGUAGACAGUUGAAUAGGAACCAUGCGAAUAGGUUUACUCUCCUAGCAGUCAAACUGGAACAGCAUACAAUAAAUCCUUCCCCCAAUAAUGAGACGACACUUCACUUUGAGGGUUAAAACAGGAACUCCCUGUACUGUCACAUACAGUCUCUUUUAUUCCCAAUCCACAAACAUAGUACAGCCCACAGGGCGUUACAAAACAACCAAUCACAUCACAGUUACAUCCCACAUAUUCCCUCCCCUUAUCCUGAGAGGAAACUCAAUUAUACAUACAGUUAAAACAUACUUUCUACCCAACUUUCAUAACUCCAAAACCAUACAUCACAUUCACAUAAAAUUACAUAUUCACAAUCAAUCCAUUCAGGGGAACAACAUAUUCAAAAAUGGCACAAAUCAGACAAGGGGUUCAAAAGUUAGUAAAAAGUCCUUUGUGACUAAAUGAAGCAUGGCUUUCUGGCCCAAACCAGUUUCAGAGUCUUCUAUCCUGGAGAUAAGUAAUUCAAUUAUCUCCCAGGAUAGACACAAGACUCCAUUAAGCACAUGGUUGCAAAAAGACACAAAACACUUUAAAAUACAUAAAGUCACAUUUACACAUAACACACAGACAUUUCACAUAUCCCCAGAUAGCUGGGAUCUGAGUGCACAUUAUUAGAUGAAUGGCACUCAGAUCACACAAAUAAGCCUUUCUGCAGGGGAAAUAAACGGUUUAACCUGCCGGGCCAUAGUCCAAAGGGAGCAGGCGAGCAACCAGGCUUCUCCAGUUCACAGUGGCGAGGUUGGUUUCGCCACAUAGUGUAAGCGUGGCCCCAGUGCAUUGUUUUUCCUGAGGGUCUGUAGUGCUGUUAAGAUGUCCCUGUUGGAUAGGGUGGAUGAUUUUUCCAGAAGUGGGAAGAACUGUUGUCGUACACCUGGAUCCUAAGCACUGUCUGUGGGUACGAGAUGGAGAUUACACAUACCCCGGUACAGAGGCCCCCAGCUCGACCCAUUCGUUGGUCAAGGGACGAUGCUCAUCUCAUCGACGUAGAGAUUCAGGACCUCAGGAGAAAGGUGUUAUUCAACCAACACACGAUUGUGGAGGAUUCUUCAGCAAUAUUUUCCCCGUAACAAAAAAGACAAGAUUUCCGUCCAGUAAUUAAUCUGUGGGAUAUCAACACUUAAGUGGCAUACUUCAAAAUGUAAGGUAUUCAAUUAUUCUGGGACGUUCUCUGGUUUAUGCACCUGAUUCUCAUUUUCAAGGAUGCCUAUAUGUCAGUGCCCAUCCAUCUAGCAAGUAAGCGUUAUCUGCGUUUUCACUGACGUGUUCUUCCCUGGCAGUUAACCUAACUCCCUUUCAGGCUCUGCCAUGGUGUGUUACCAAAUUCCUCAAGGCAUAUGUGCCGUGAUCCAAGUUAUGGCUUUCGUUGUAUUGUUUGGACUAUAUUUUCAUUUUCUGCUCUGAAGCAUCAAGGUUACAAUGAUGAACUCUCUUCAUGGUACAUUUUGUUUUGAAUCUCUUGGUUUUGUUGUGAAUUGUCCCAAGUCCACACUGGUGCCAACUCAGAAGUUUCUAUUUCUAGGUUUCAAGAUUGACUCUGCUUUGUGCAUGAUCCGGCUCCCAUCCUCAAAAGUGGCCUUGAUUAACAGGGAAAUUUAUUGAGAGCUUAUACCUCUGUGCCAUUUUACUCUGGCCACUCCAUUAGAGGAAGAUGCACUGGUUGAAAGCCAGAUUCCUACAGCAAUCUCAAUUGUGCGCACUAGUUAUCCUGCUGAUGGAGGAGGUGCAGCACGAGUUACAAGGGCGGCUGUUGCACACACAGGCCUAGAAUAGUCAGGCCCUCUUCAGAUCGAGUCUGGACUUUCUUCUAGAGUUUGACACCAGUCUCUGUGAGUGGGACACAACCUGCACAGAAUUCUUCACUAGGAGUGUAUGGUUCACAGCCGUAUCUACACUCCAUAUCAACUGUGUAGAACUUCUAGCGGGUUCAUUUGCCAUCCUCAGUUUUGCGAGAGACUGUUCGAAUUGUUGUAUUCUGCUCCGGAUGGAUAUCUCAGUGGUGUGGUAGAAUAACCGACUAGACGGAGCUUAAUACUGGCUUCUUUAAGACAUUCCUAAGGACAUCUACGUGUUUUAUCUUUUCUGCAACAUCGCGCUAUGCGUGCAAUACCAGGAGAGACAAACUUUACCUCGGAUUGGUUACCCAGACAUUGGAGAGAUUCCAGCGACGGGAAGCUCAAUGUUCAGAUCUUCGUCCGGCUCUCUGAUCUCCAGAGGUCUUUCUCAAUAGAUUUUCCAGGUGUAGAAAUUUUAAAGUUGGCUUCCAGAUCUGGAUUGCAAGAUUGUGACUGCGUUCCUUCGAACGUGGCCUCCUCAAGGAUCAUAUACAUUUCCCUCAUUUGCAGUGCAAGUGAGGGUGAUUUUUCAACUGCAUGUACAGGGAGUAUCGCUUCUGUUGAUCACCCCAUUCUGGCAGAGCCAGCCAUGGUUCCCAUAUCUACUGGAACUGUCAUAUAUGCACCUGCUUUCCUUUCAUAGAUCUUUUCAUCCAUUAGUUGUGGAGGGCCAUCUACUCCUAGUUGCCUGGAUGUUUUCUGAGGAGCUGUUGCAACAGCCAAAAGACCUGUUAUGGGACUUGUGGGCUCCAGGAACUAGGAAAUGUUACCUAUCUGCAUGGGUGUCCUGGUAUCGCUGGAGUCUGGAAAGGGACUGCAAUACUUUUAAUACCCCUUCUAUACUAUUCAGAAUUUUCUUUCAUCUCUAUUUUUUUUUUCUCCGAGUCGUUCAUACUGUUCUAGUAACAUUAUGUACUUGGAUAUCUCCACAGCUUAUGUUUCUGUUCGUUGGCCAGGGCCCUCUCAUUUGCCGCCUUAUGCGGGUUAUCCAUCUUCAAUGCCCUCCUGGUUCUAAAUUCUCUCUUAUGGGAUGUAGCUCUCGUUUUGUGUUUUUUACAGGAUUGGCCCGAUAAUGAAGAUCUUUCUUUGUCAGUUGUUGGCAAAGUUCACACUUCUUUUAUGUUUGGCUUUGUUUCGUCGGGUAGUCAAAAUUCGGGGCACUGUCAGUUUUUGGUACGGCCAUGUCUUCAGCAUUUUCGUCCAGUGUGUGUCUAUCCAACAUGCCAUGGUUGAUUGGUCACAGGAGGAUGCCUUUCUGACCUUUUUUUUCUGCCCUUCAUCUCACGCUGCUUUUUCUCUCUUGUCAUAGUGUAAAAUGGCAUAAUAUGAGUAUCCUGUCAUGUAAUAAAAUUGAAGAUUAUGCUAGAUUUAUUGUACUUACAAUCUUAAUUUUAUUAAUGACUGGAGGCAUAUAUUUUUCCUCCCAUGCCCACUCUUAUUUUGGCUAUUCUUGGAUUUAUACGCAUUUGUUUCAUGAUGUAUGUAUUAACUUGUUUGCACUUUUGGUAACUUAUUCUGUUUUAGUUUAUAUAUAUUAAAUUUAGUUGACAUAUUGAAUGGAUAUGCCCUGUUCAUAUGUUGUUACUAUCCUGACAUUGCACAAUUUCAGUGUUCUUUCACGUUUUCUUUCCCUUUCAGUUUGAGUCAGUGGACAUUCUUUUUGGUCCUUGAUCUACAAUACCUUUGCCUGAUUACCUUGGUUCUAAAUUGGAUUUCCAGACUUUUGACAUUUAUCUGUCAUAUUGCCUUAUUAGUUAUGCAUCUUUUCACAGCAAGAAAGAGGAGGUGCUUAAUUUAUCUUAUCCUUAUAUAAAUUUUCCUUGUUCUCGAUUGGUUACUUGUUUCAUACAUUUUAGUCCAUACAGGAAGAUAAGGAAAAUACUCACUUCCUUUCAUUAUUAAAAUGAAGAUUAUAGAUACACUAAAGUUGGCAUAAUCUUAAAUUUCAGGCCAAAAUAACAAAACUGAAAAUUUUGUAAACACAUUUUCCUAAAAUUUGAAAGACACUGAAUUUCUACCUGAUGGUAAUCAUCAUAUUUUGUUUGCCAAAAUACCUCAGAUAAAAAAAUCUGGUUGUUUUGGCAGAAGUAAAAUUAACUGUGUGCCAGUGAUGCCAUUAGCGCCAUAAUCCAAAAAGUGGGGUUGCUGAGCCCAGUAUGAAUCCAGACCAGACUGACUGGCUGCUGUUCUGCCAACCUCCACUCACGACAGCCCAUGUGCUCCCACAUGAGCUAAAUUCCCUGUGUGUAUGAAUUAUGUCGGGCAAGCACUUAAUGAUGCUCUCGUGCUGCGCUUUAUGGGGACCCAGAAUUAUGGUUUGUCCAACCCAAAAUGGGACAGUUGAGAAGUAUGGGAUGGUUUAAUGAGAGUAAAGAUACCACAAUAUUUGGUAAAUGGUAUGGCUGUAUUAAUACUGUUCCUUGUCCCCUUAGGAUGGAGACCUUCAUUUAAAUACUACAGUAAAUGGGCAUCACUUUUUGGGUCAGUAGUGUCUGUCAUCAUCAUGUUCCUCCUUGCCUGGGAGUCAGCCCUGAUUGCCAUCGGUAUUGUAAUUUUCCUGCUUGGAUAUGUGCUGUACAAAAAGCCAGGUACGUCCUGUAUCCUCUGCUUGUUCACAAGAAUUUUAAUUUACCUUGAUUGCUGUCCUGCUUAUCCACAAGAGUUCUAAGCUAUUCUGAUUGCUGUCUGGUGUAAAUAUAGUAGUUCUAGUAUAUGUCCCCAUAACUUAUCUAUAAAUACAUGCCUUAACAUAUUUCUACUUUUCUUUGUAGAAGCAAACUGGGGCUCGUCUGUCCAGGCAGGAUCAUAUAACAUGGCUCUUUCUUACUGCGUGGGGCUCAACCAAGUAGAAGAGCACAUUAAAAACUUCAGGUGA